UACUGGCGCAUGCGCACAAACUAAGUGGCCCCAUUGUGGACCAUGUGGACAUAAUUAUCAUACCUGUACGGGUACGGAUACGAUACGGCGCGCCGAUAUAACGAUGCGAUGGUGAUUAAUUUGUAGUGUGUGCACAAUUCACGCGAGAUUUAUUGCUGAUGCAUGCAAUUUGAAUUUCGUUAAGCUGUUUCUGACCGGAAUCACCUAAGCUAAGGCUGAAGAGUACUACUACUUGUUCUUUGUUAGCAUCAAGAUCCGAAUCACCAUAUAGGGAGCAGAAUGGCUGAACCUCCUUGCAAGAAGCCCAACAAAGAUGGAGAGCCCCAAAUUGUUGUUCUGGCUUACAGUGGUGGGCUGGAUACCUCCUGCAUCUUAUUGUGGCUUAUUGAGCAAGGGUAUGAUGUCAUAGCUUACACAGCUGAUGUCGGGCAAGAUGAUGAUUUUGAGGAGAUCCGAACCAAAGCUCUUAAGGUUGGAGCAAAAAAGUCUGCAGUGAAUGUGUUUGCUCGUGAAUGGGAUGAGCUACCGGAAUCUCUGAGGUCUGGCGUCGUUGAAAUGUCAUUAAAUAGCUGGAUCAAUUCCCUAAGAUGCCACCUCUGCCGACCACAGUAACUGUACUGGGUCCUUUUAUUUCCUUGUGUAUUUUUAAGUGGGGGGGGGGGGGUUGACUUUUUUUCUUAUCUCUUGCUUAAAAGUGAAAAGGGUUUCGGAUGGUGCCGUGUGGAGGGAGAUCUCUUCUUGAAAACCGGUUCUUUUCAGAACCAUACUUCUUCCAGGAAGAGAUUUCUUUCCACAAGGCAUUGCCCGUGAUUCUGUCCACUUUAAUGCCAGCUGCCAUGCAUAGCUUCAAGGCGUAUAUCGUUUGUUUAAUAGGGAUUUUUGUAUCAUUUCGGUUUGCAGUUACACCAUGUGGUGAUAACUGCUGCUCAGUAGAUGUUUAGUUCUGAAAAGAACUUGUCGUGCUUGUUUUUUUUUUGUGCUAAUUCUCAACUGUUUUUUUUUCUCCAGGGUAAUAUCACGUCUUUUUACUUGCAACGAAACUUGUUUUACUGGGUUGGCAUUUUUCUCAUGUUUUGUUGAAUUAUUUUCCUUUUUUUUUCUAAUAUUUGUUUUUUUAUUGCGUGUAUUGAAACUUUUUAACUUUUUUAAUGUUUAAUGUGGACAUCCACAAUAAUUGGGUCUUUGAACUAUAAUGGGGGAGGGGGGGGGGGGAACAUAUAAAAAUAUUCAUAAUUUAACUCGGCAAUGUUUAAUGAAAUACAUGUAGUUGUCUGCCCAACCACUCUAUGUAUAACUCAACAGAUGCGAACUAUUUUUUAUGUGGGAUUGUGAAUGUAAAGUUCCCUUAUUUCUUUAACAUAAAAUAAUGUACCGGUAUGAGCGUCUUUUGAAUAUGAUGAUAGUUUCUUUGAACCUGAAGAGUGCAUUUUGAGCUUGUUGACGCUUUGAUGACGUUUAUUGUGUUUAUGGACACUUGUUGAUACUUUGUUGACGCUUAAUAGCAGGAAAAUUAAAAGCUACAUACAUUGUAUAUAUUGUGUUCAUGUAUGCAUGUAGUAUACAAUGUACAUGUAUGUUUCUGACAUAUGUAAAAGGAAGAAAUUAUUAUUAUUUUUAUUAUUGUUAUUAUUAUUAUUAUUAUUUAUUCCGCCAACAAAUGAGACAAGUCCAAUGACAAAGCAAAUAUGUAUCAAACAGUAAACAAAAACUGAAAUUUGAAAAGGAACCAAUAGUGUUAAAAGAAAAGUAUGACUAGACAUGACUGACAUGACUGACGAGACUGAAGGAUGUGAGAAGGAAUGACAGGAGAGAAGAGAUAGAGGGACAGAAAACAAGGACAAUAAACUUAAACACUGUAGCCCUAAUGCCUGCGUACCCAUAGCCUACAGUAAUGGUUUAUGAAUAAACAUAAAAUUCACAGAAAUACAUGUAUGCAUCAAAUGAAAUUAUUGUAAACUUAGUUUACGCUGUAUAUGAGCCCAAAACAUUUGCCAAGGUCUCUUAGAAAACAGCAGAAACAAUGAGAAUCAAUUAUUCUACUAAUUGGAUUUUACUUGAUCCAGAAACAUGUACCGGUAGUUGCCAGAUACAAUGUAAUACUAAUGAGUUUAAUUAACAUUGGAAAUAGAUUUUCAAUGCCAUUUAUCUAGAUGAAUUUUUUCACGGAACACAAAAAUGCAUGCAAUUAAAUAAUCAUCUUGAAAAACA